AGAGUAAUACAGUAACACAGCAGGCUAUGGAAGCACCAUACAAAGACAGGAAUACUAACUAAUGUGUGUGUGUGUGUGUGUGUGUGUGUGUGUGUGUAGCCCAACGCACUGACCCAGGGCGAGUAGAGGAGGAGUUUGUGCUUCCCUUUUGCUCCUCUCCUCUCUCCCCCACCCUCUCCUCCUCACUUUUUCAGCCUCUCUCCUCUCUCUCUCCCUCUCUCUCUCUCUCCCCGUAACACACACACACUCAGCCAUACACACACACACUCCCGCGUGGCUCGGUACGGGACGAAUGGAGUCUGAGGGCAGCCAGAGCACCGUGUCCAGCGCGGAUUCACCCCACGACCCCUGCAAAAUGUUCAUAGGAGGCCUGAGCUGGCAGACUACACAAGAGGGUCUGAAAGACUACUUCUGUAAGUUCGGCGAGGUGAAGGAGAGCAUGGUGAUGCGGGAUCCGGUUACGAAGCGCUCCAGGGGCUUCGGUUUUGUCACUUUCGCGGACCAGGCUGGAGUGGACAAAGUGCUGGCCCAAACCAGGCAUGAGCUGGACUCCAAAACAAUCGACCCGAAAGUGGCCUUCCCCCGCCGAGCCCAGCCAAAGCUGGUGACGAGGACUAAGAAGAUCUUUGUUGGAGGUCUGUCAGUAAACACCACGAUCGAAGAUGUAAAGCAGUACUUUGACCAGUUCGGAAAGGUGGAUGAUGCCAUGCUUAUGUUUGAUAAGACCACCAACAGGCACAGAGGGUUCGGCUUCGUGACAUUCGAGAACGAGGAUGUGGUGGAAAAAGUGUGUGAGAUCCACUUCCAUGAGAUCAACAAUAAGAUGGUGGAGUGCAAGAAAGCCCAGCCCAAGGAAGUGAUGUCACCGGCCGGAUCAUCGAGGGGACGUGCAAGAGUCAUGCCGUACGGGAUGGAUGCAUUCAUGCUGGGGAUAGGGAUGCUGGGUUAUCCUGGUUUCCAGGCAGCGACAUACACUGGCCGUAGUUACACCAGUCUCACUCCCGGAUACACAUAUCAGUUCCCAGAAUUCCACUUAGAGAGGACCCCCCUCCUGACUUCACCCCACCCCCCUGAGCUCACAGCCAUCCCCCUGACAGCAUAUAACCCAAUGGCAGCAGCAGCAGCUGCAGCAGCUGUGGUCAGAGGUUCUGCCCCCUCUCGUUCCGCUGGCUUCCUUAGCACCAGCAGCCCAGGACCAAUGGCAGAACUUUAUGGGACGGCCAGUCAGGAAUCAACAGUCAGCAGCUACAUUAGCGCCGCAAGCCCUGCCCCCAGCACUGGGUUUAGCCACAGUCUUGGAGGUCCUCUGAUUGCUACAGCGUUUACUAACGGCUACCACUGAGACAAUGACCAGUCUGAUGGACGGCGUCACCUGCCCUGAGCCAGUCCCACACUUUUACAGCAAAUCUACACUAGAGUUUCUGCGUUUCUCUCACACCACCAGUACUAACACUCUCUCUCUCACACACUCUCUCUAUCUGUCUGUCUCUCUCUCUUAAACGGAAGGGCAUGUAAAUAUUUAGAUUAUUUUCUGGUUCGAACAAAAAGCAUUUUUAAAAAAAAGACACGCUGUAUGCUUUUCUCUCAUAAAUAUUUUCAAUUUUCCUGUUUUUCUUAUUAUCGCAAUGCUGUUUUCUUUUGUUAUGAAAUUUAUUAAUGUGUUUUUCAAGACACUGUAGGUUUACAUUUGUAGAGUGAUUUUUUUAGAUUUUAACAGUUUUACAUGAGCAAUAAUAUUAUUAUUAAUAAUAAUAUCAAUAAUAAUGAUAAUAAUAACGUGUCCUUGUUACACUUUUGGAUUAAAAAAAAAAGGAUACAGUGACUUUAAGAUAAUACGUUUUCUACGGAAAAGAAAAUAUUGGAAGGAAUGUUCAAAAAUGUAUAUUUUGGUAGUUUUGCAACUGGAUUUAUGAUAUUGAUCAUGAUCAUGUUAUUAACCAAGGACAUAUUUUUCAUUAGAUUUGAGCUUGUUUUUCUUGUAAAGGAUUUUAAACGCUGUUUUUGGAUCUUGUUGGGGUCACUUGGAAAACGUUUCAUUGUGGAAAACAUCUGUGAUGUGUGAUUUUGUUUGUGUAAAUCUUAACACAAGUUUUUGUACACUUAACACACACAAGACGGUCUUUAACACACACACACACAGGACGGUCUUUGUUUCUUUAAAUGUAAUAUUUUGACCUUUUGGCUUCUUUUUCUCUUUUUUUGAACUUGAAAUGUGUUUGUUUUGUGUGUUGUUGAAGAAAGUGUAUGUGUAUGACAGGCUACUAAUAAUGCUGGAGGCUCUGUGAGAAUGUGCGUGCGUUUGUGUGCGUGUGUGUGUGUGUGUGUGUGUGUUUGCAUCUGUGGGUGUGUUUGUGUGUGUGUGGGCAGUUGGUGCUGUCAUGGUCUAAUGUAUUCCCCUGUAUGAGAGGAUUUAAAAUGUGAAUUUAAUAUCUUUUUUUCUAACAUCCACGUUAUGUUUUAAGCAUUGGUUGUUUACGUUGUCGACUAAAUGCAUCGCUCUGUUCUGAAAUCUCUGUUGAUUUGUUCUGUUGAUCUGAAGGCCUGUCCCACAGAUCUGGGUAAAGUUAAUCGCUGCGAACAAAACUGAUACUGGGAAAAACUGAGGGUUGAAGGUGGGGGUGGUGGGGGGUGGGUAAUUAUGACGAGGAUGACCAAUUUAGGUCCGGUAACUUUCAAAUGUCUCAAUAAUGUUUUCAGUCACACUUCACUGUCUGUACAAAAUGGACAUUUCAAAAUUCCUAAUAAAUUAUUUCAAAUAUUACAA